UCAUGAGCCGAGAGAGACAGAGAGAAAGGAAGGAGCGCGUUAUGUGGCUCUUGUCUGGUUAGUUGCAGAAACUCGCAAAGCCAGAAUCUCAUUCAUAUAAAAUGCGCAAAGAAAUGAAUACAAUGUUCAGAGAUCUGCACCGGAUCUCUCCGUCAAAGUUUCUUUACGUCUUCAUUUUUCAGAUCCGAAAACCAGAUCCCGCUAACUGAAUUCAAUUCUCUUUCCCUACCUUUCCAUCCUUUUUACUCAAAUUUUCCUUUCCACUUUCCCGAGAAAAUAUUUCUUUCCGUUAAUUUUCUCUCCACCGCUUCGUUCCUUCCCUCGCUAUGGCUCCGAGCUUCAACAAUCGAAGAAUCGUUCACGCUCUUCGCCUCUUCCUUCUCAUCUCUGUCUUCUUCCACCUCUCGCCGACCUUCGCUCAGGAUUCUCUCGUUCAGAGCGCGAAGGAAGAUUCCGGCGGAUCCGUGGAUCUCGGUCGCCGCGGCAAGAUUGCGCUGAAUGCUUUGGAGAAUGAUUCGAUUCUUUCUCUUGGCUUGGACUCCACCGGUCCUGGACUCUUCGAUGCUUUUUUCGCGAGUUUGUCGAUGAUCAUUGUCAGUGAGAUUGGGGAUGAGACGUUUAUAAUAGCAGCUCUUAUGGCUAUGCGUCACCCUAAGUCAAUUGUCUUGUCUGGUGCGCUCAGUGCCCUGGUUAUAAUGACAGUACUUUCUACAGGCCUAGGAAGGAUUGUGCCAAAUUUGAUUUCUAGGAAGCAUACAAAUAGUGCUGCUACAGUUCUUUAUGCUUUCUUUGGGUUAAGGUUACUGUACAUUGCAUGGAGAUCAUCAGAUUCAAAAUCCUCACAAAAGAAAGAAAUGGAAGAGGUUGAAGAAAAACUGGAAGGUGGACAAGGGAAAACUUCAGUUCGGCGCUUCUUUUCAAGAUUUUGUACACCUAUAUUUUUGGAGUCUUUUAUUUUAACAUUCCUUGCUGAGUGGGGUGAUCGUAGCCAGAUAGCAACCAUUGCUCUGGCGACCCACAAAAAUGCACUGGGAGUUGCAGUUGGGGCCACUAUAGGACACACCAUUUGUACCUCACUGGCAGUUGUGGGAGGAAGCAUGCUGGCAUCUAGGAUUUCCCAACGCUCAGUAGCCACUGUUGGUGGCUUGCUCUUCCUCGGCUUUUCCGUAUCUUCAUACUUCUACCCACCUCUAUGAUAUGAUAAAUACAAGCGCAGAGUAAUCUGAUUCGUAAUUGUUUGUGGUCUUUCUAUCUUGCUUUUUUUUUUUUUUUUUUUUUUCUUUCACUUAAUUGUCUUUUUUGUAGAAUUUGUUGUACUUAUUCCCUAGGAAAGCUCGAUACUAACUUGAACGUGAGAUUUUGAAUCCCAUUCUUUUUGUAAAAUAUACUGUAUUACGUUUUCAUCUCCUCAUAUUAGCAUAUAGACAGCCAUUGUUAAUAUGUUAUUUAUCAUUAUUUUCAAAAGGUUAAGUAUCACA